AUGCUGGGUAGGGCAAAACGAGUUGCUGAAUUUCUACAACAGAAUAUCCUCCAACAGAUCUCUCAUCAUCAAGGCAAGCAGCAGCAGCAGCAGCAGCAGCAGCAGCAGCAGCAGCUGCAGCAGCAGCAGCAGAAGGAGCAGCAGCAGAAGCAGCUAGUUUUUUUUUUUAUAGUCUUUCUGCUGCUGAUGGCCUUCAUUUUGUUUUUCGUUUUCUUUCUAAGCUAA